AUGAUGGUCAAAACGCUAGCAGCAUUGGCCUAUGUGACCUUUGCGUCGGCUGCAGACUACUGGGAAACACAGCCAGGUGGCUACCGCCCUUUUGGAUCUGAAUUUACCAAUGGCGCCUAUCCCCAAGACUUCACUCUCGUUGGAACGCCUCUGGAGCCAGUUCACGACUCUCAAAAGCCUGCCACUGGACUAGCCAUCGACUCGGCUCACCAGCUCUACCUGACAUAUCCCCGCAACAGCGGACAGACACCCAACAACGUUGUGAUUUGCACUUCUUUCAACGAUGAAAAGCCAUGGCCCAACGCAAGCAUACAGAACUGUACGGCCGGGCAAGAUCCAAGCACAUGCUUCAUCAACGUACAGAACAUCAUCUUGGAUGAUCGAGGACGGCUCUGGAUUGUUGAUAGCGGUAUUCCUUACAACGCGACCCCCGAAACCCAUGCUAUUUUCGGAGGUGCAAAGCUGAUGAGUUUCGAUGAAAAAACGGGCGAGCAUCUUCGAACCUAUGUAAUACCCGAAAAGCUAUUGUCUAAUCGGACGGACAUGAAUGACCUACGCAUUAACACUACUCUUGGCGGGAAGGAAGGGUUUGCUUUUAUUGCAGAUGCCAGUGCGAAAAGUUCGCUUCUAACAGUCAACCUUGAUGAUGGAAGUGCUCUGAGGAGGCUAUUCAACACCAGCAUUGUCCAAGCAGACGAGAACUAUGUUGGUUCUUAUGCUGGUAAGCUUGUUUACACCUGGAAUGGGACGAAGAAGGGCCAUCUUACCACCGGAGCAGACGGAAUCGCAUUGGCAUCUGGUAACUUUUACUGGGGCGUCCUGGCAUCCCGACGCUUUUACUACAUCUCCCAGGAGGUUCUUGUCGACCCCAAAAAGACGGACGAGGAGGUCCUUGCUGCAGUACAGUAUCCAGGUCAAUGCGGUUCGGAGCAGGCUGGCUUCACCGCUGACGACCGGGGACGUGUGUACAUUGCUGCAAGUGAGCAAAACGCGAUAUACUAUGUCGACACCCUCAAGUCUGAGAUUAACACGACUAUUAAUGGCAACGCACCUGGUGGCCCUGGUCUUAUCCCAGCACAGGAUUAUGUAGUGAAUGUGCUGGCGAGGAGUGCUUUGAUUCAACAUGCUGACUCAAUGGCUAUUCUGGAUGGAUGGUUAUACUUUAACACCAAUCAGCUUAUGUUGGGUCCGAAAUUUAACUACAACAAUGUUGAUAAGAGACGCGGUCCGUUCCGGAGUUACAGGAUUUGGAUUGGAAGAGGACCUGCUGUUUGA